AAUGGAGACACAGUCGCGUCGGACUCGUGAUUAAAAAAAGAUUUACGAWAACACGGACGACCCGAGGCGAAAGCUCGUUAACGGCCGACGACGACAAGCGCACAAUUUGGGCCGCUCAAAUUUAGUAUAGAUUCUCGUCGAAAAAAGUCGAAUUUCAAUAUAUUAUUCUCGUCCGUUUCUCCCGUGGUCGGGAGUUUAGUUGGUCCGUUAACGCCAAGCCGCGGUCUGCUUGUGCGCGCGCCAGUGUGUGUGUGUGUGUGUGUGUGUGUGUGUGUGUGUGUGUGUGUGUGUGUGUGUGUGUAGUGUGUACUGUGUUUGAGUGUGUGUGUGUGUGCGCGUACUGCGUACAGUCCAUCGUUGUUUUCCAAUGUGCUGCUCUGCCGCCGCCACCACUACCCUCAGGUAGUAGCGUACGCUAGCGUAGUAUGUGGGCCGCGAACCAGGCCAGAUAGGCGUAUCAGAAAAAUUUCUUCUUUUUUUUUUUAUCAAUAAAAAAAAGUGCAGAGCAAUAAAUCACGUUUCCUUUUCUCGUUUCGUUUUGUGCGGCACACAUUUUCCAUUACCACCCGUGUGUAUGUGUGUUUACGCCGAACUUCCGAGUUCUUACGAAUUAUGUAAAACCGAAGAGCAGCCUGCACAUUAGGUCGACGACGCCGACGACGACUGCUGUCUGCUACGACGACGACGAAGGUUGAUAGAAGAGCUUCUCCGAGGAGAGAACUCGACGACGAUUUUCACACCACUCGCCGGUGGACAUGAGCGGAAGGCCUAGGACCACUUCCUUUGCUGAAGGAAAUAAGACUUCUCCGAAUCCUCCUCUGGGCGGAAUUAAAGUCAUAAGUAAAGAUGGCAGUAAAGUCACUACAGUUGUGGCAAAUCCCUGCCAGGGACCAGAUCGACCCUUGGAGGUGUCGUAUACAGACACAAUGGUUAUCGGCAAUGGAAGUUUUGGUGUUGUGUACCAAGCCAAAUUAUGUGAUACAGGAGAAAUGGUUGCUAUUAAAAAAGUCCUUCAAGAUAAAAGAUUUAAAAAUCGUGAAUUACAAAUAAUGAAACGCCUAGACCAUUGUAACAUAGUGAAAUUGAAAUUCUUCUUUUAUUCAAGUGGUGACAAGAAGGAUGAAGUUUAUCUAAAUUUAGUUUUGGAAUACAUACCAGAUACUGUAUAUAAGGUUGCUCGUCAUUAUAGCAAAUUAAGGCAAACAAUUCCGAUCAACUACAUUAAGCUGUACAUGUACCAAUUAUUCCGAAGCUUGGCUUAUAUUCACUCAUUAGGCAUAUGUCAUCGUGAUAUUAAGCCUCAAAAUUUGUUAUUAAACCCUGAAACAGGAGUAUUGAAAUUGUGUGAUUUUGGCAGUGCUAAGACUCUUAUCAAGGGUGAACCUAAUGUAUCUUACAUAUGUUCAAGAUACUACCGAGCACCUGAACUAAUAUUCGGUGCUAUAGAUUACACUACAAAAAUUGAUGUAUGGAGUGCUGGAUGUGUCUUAGCAGAACUUAUGUUAGGUCAGCCAAUUUUCCCAGGAGAUUCUGGUGUUGAUCAAUUAGUGGAAAUUAUAAAAGUCCUUGGCACACCAACAAGAGAACAGAUUAGAGAAAUGAAUCCCAAUUAUACAGAAUUCAAAUUCCCACAGAUCAAAUCUCAUCCUUGGUCAAAGGUAGGUCAUUGUUUGAAUUUAAUUUUUAUUGAAUUUAACUAAUAUGUGAAAACUUAA